AUGCUUCAAGAAGCCGAGCCCAGAACUGUAGCACCUCUGCAUCCAGUUCUGGACUCUAAGAAGACAAUCUCUUUGAUCGUAUAUUUGAUAGGGACGCGUUGUGGAGAUAUAUGCCCUGAAGCAUCUGGAAAAACAACACUUGCUCUACAUGUUAUUGCAGAAGCACAAAAACAAGGAGGAACCUGUGUCUUUGUAGAUGCUCUGAGCAUGCUCAUUGCUCUUGAUUCGUCCCUUGCUAAGGCUAUCGGUGUAAAUACAGAAAAUCUACUUCUAUCACAGCCUUAUUGUGGUGAACAGGCCCUUAGUCUUGUGGACACUUUAAUCCGAAGUGGUUCAAUUGAUGUUAUUGUUGUUGACAGUGUGGCUGCUCUUGUACCUAAAGGAGAACUUGAGGGUGAGAUGGGUGAUGCUCAUAUGGCUAUGCAAGCCAGAUUGAUGAGCCAAGCUUUGCGUAAAUUGAGCCACUCUAUCGUUAUCGCAAACACUUCUGAUCUUUAUUAA